CACUCGUUUCUUUAGUCUGCCUCUAAAAGACAGGAAGACAAGCGGAGCCGGGAGGAGGAGGAGGAGUGUGUAAGGAAAUCCUGUGACUCAUGAGAAAAGAGGAUACCUGCCGUUUCACUGAUCCCAGCACAGAUUGAGAAACACUCAAUGAAGAUGCCUGAGGCUGGGAGUUAGAGCCCCCCCCCCCGACGAGAGAGCUUUGUCCAGUGCUGGGGCUGGACCCAGAGAACCCUGCCUGGGGGGGAGGGGGGGCGGGGAGCAGGACCCUCACAAGCCCGGAGUCUGGAAUAUGGGGGAUGGGGGAGCUGGUGCAAUGGGAGGAAACGGGGCCAACAAGGCCCACGCGCUGUUCGACAACUUCGUCCAGGGGACCACGUGCAAGGGCACGCUCAAGGCCUUCCAGGAGCUGUGCGACCACCUGGAGGUCAAGCCCUGCGAGUACAGGGUCUUCUACCACAAGCUCAAGUCCAAGCUCAACUACUGGAAGGCCAAGGCGCUCUGGGCGAAGUUAGACAAGCGGGCGAGCCAGAAGGAGUACAAGAAGGGCCGCGUCUGUGCCAACUCGAAGUGUCUGAUCAUUGGCGCGGGACCCUGCGGCUUACGUACGGCCAUCGAGCUCGGUUUCCUCGGGGCAAAAGUGGUGCUCCUGGAGAAGAGGGACGCCUUCUCUAGGAACAACGUGCUGCACCUGUGGCCCUUCACCAUCCAGGACCUCAGGGGCCUCGGGGCUAAGAAAUUCUACGGGAAGUUCUGCGCUGGUGCUAUCGAUCAUAUCAGUAUUCGUCAGCUACAGUUGAUUCUGCUCAAAGUGGCUCUCCUGGUGGGCAUCGAGAUCCACGUCAACGUGGAGUUCAAGGGUCUCAUCGAGCCCCCAGAAGACCAAGAGCCUGAAAGGAUCGGCUGGAGGGCCGAGGUGCACCCCAGGACCCACCCGGUCAACGAGCUGGAGUUCAACGUCAUCAUUGGAGCCGACGGGAGGAGAAACACGCUGCCAGGUUUUCGGCGCAAGGAGUUCAGGGGGAAGCUUGCCAUCGCCAUCACCGCCAACUUCAUCAACAGGAACACGUCGGCGGAGGCGAAGGUUGAGGAGAUUAGCGGGGUGGCCUUCAUCUUCAACCAGAAGUUCUUUCAAGACCUCAGAGAAGCAACAGGUAUUGACCUGGAAAACAUUGUGUACUACAAGGACGACACGCACUACUUUGUGAUGACUGCCAAAAAACAGAGCCUGUUGGAGAAGGGAGUCAUUCUGCACGACUAUGCGGACACAGAGCUGCUGCUGUCCCGGGCCAACGUGGACCAGGCCGCCCUGCUGUCUUACGCCCGCGAGGCCGCUGAUUUCUCCACCAACCACCAGCUGCCCGCGCUGGACUUUGCCAUCAACCACUACGGGCAGCCCGACGUGGCCAUGUUCGACUUCACCUGCAUGUACGCCUCGGAGAACGCCGCCAUGGUGCGCCAGCGCCACGGCCACGAGCUGCUGGUGGCGCUGGUGGGCGACAGCCUGCUGGAGCCCUUCUGGCCCAUGGGCACCGGCAUCGCCCGCGGCUUCCUGGCGGCCAUAGACUCCGGCUGGAUGGUGAGGAGCUGGGCUCAGGGAAAAACCUCUCUUGAGGUUCUAGCUGAGAGGGAGAGUAUAUACCGCCUAUUGCCCCAAACCACGCCGGAAAACGUCAGUAAGAACUUCAGCCAUUUCAGCGUGGACCCAACGACGCGUUACCCCAACAUUUGCCUUAACUUCCUCAAGCCCAGCCAGGUGAGGCACCUGUGCGACACAGGAGAGCCCAGGGAAAUGCGCAUCGAAAUCGAGAAUGUGAUCAACUCUUCGACGCCAAAGUUGGCCAGGAAUGAAUCCAUAGCUCGAUCCAGUAAGCUGCUGAAUUGGUGCCAGAGACAAACUGAGGGGUACAGGAAUGUCAAUGUGACGGAUCUUACGAUGUCCUGGAAGAGCGGUCUGGCCCUGUGCGCCCUCAUCGACCGAUACCGACCGGACCUCAUUGACUUUGGCUCCCUGGACGAGCGAGACCAGGAGAAGAACAACCAGUUGGGCUUCGACGUGGCGGAGAGGGAGUUCGGCAUCUCGCCCUGCAUGACGGGCAAGGAGAUGUCUUCGGUGACGGAGCCGGACAAGCUCUCCAUGGUCAUGUACCUCAGCCAGUUCUACGAGAUGUUUAAGGACACAGUGCCCCCCGGAGAUAACCACAAUUUGAGCCCGGAGGAGAAGGCGGCACUGAUCUCCAGCACCAAAUCCCCCAUCUCCUUCCUCAGCAAACUUGGUCAGAGCAUUGCAAUAUCCAGGAAACGGAACCCAAAGGACAAAAAGGAGAAGGACGUGGACGGUUUGGGGAAGAGGAGGAAAACCAGCCAGUCCGAAGAUGAGGAGGCGUCCAGGAGCGGCCGUGACGACAGGCCGUCCGUCCCAGCCGUCCUGUCGGAGAGGAAAACGGACCCCGGCGCCGUGGGGAACCACAACAAGGUCAAAGUCAUGGCCACCCAGCUGCUCGCCAAGUUUGAGGAGAACGCUCCUCAGGCAACGGGACUCAAACGACAGGGGGAGUCUCUGCCCAAUCUGGAUCGCCUUUUUCCCCUUAGCCUGCCCCAAGCGCCUGCGAAGGAGCCGGUGCGCCUGGCACCCGUCCCGGCGUGGAGAAAGAGACGCACGCAGCAGCAGGAGCAGCUGAGCAUUCGCUACAAAGAAAUGAUCAAGGGUCAGCCGCUGCCCAACAGAGGGGAGCAGGCCAGUGGUGGCGCGGACCAACUGUCCAGCUCGGGCUCUCGGAGCUGCCCAAAGAAAACCAUUCUGCUCCCUUCUUCCUCCUCCACUUCUUCGCUCUGUCUCCACUCAGAGGGCUCCCUCAGGAAGGAGUUCCCCGUCAACAUCGGCGGCAGCGACGUGUGCUUCUUCUGCCGAAAGCGCGUGUACGUGAUGGAGAGGCUGAGCGCCGAGGGGAAGUUCUUCCACCGCAGCUGCUUCAAGUGCGAAUACUGCAGCACCACCCUGCGGCUGUCCUCCUACGCCUUCGACGCCGAGGACGGGAAAUUUUACUGCAAGCCCCACUACUGCUACCGUCUGUCCGGCUACGCUCAGAGAAAGAGGCCUGCUCCCUCCCCCGGUCCCAUCACUGCUAAGGAGAACCAGGCGGCCCAAUCUCCCACGGCGACCGUGGAUGCCCCCGGGAGGGCGACGACGGCGACGGCGGCGGGUGCUGCAGCGCCCUCGGCCGAGCUCCAGCCCUCAGCACCGGGGGUAAACGGACUGCAGGAGCCCGGCCUGGCCAAACGUCUGCGGGGAACUCCGGAGCGCAUCGAGUUGGAGAACUACCGUCUGUCCCUGCAGAGGGAGGAGGAGCUGGAGGAGGUGCCCGAGGAGACGCUGGCAGAACACAACCUCAGCAGCGUGCUGGACAAGCCCACGGAUGCCGACCUGGGCUCCAGUAGCUCGGAGUCAGACAUGGAGGAGGAGGACGAGCAGGAGGACCAGGAUCUGGAGGAGGGGGAGCAGCAGCCUCUCAGCCCUUCGGACCUCGGAGGUGUUCCCUGGAGGGAGGCGGUAGAGCUCCACGCUAAACUCAAAGGCAAGGAGGAGGAAGAGGAAGAGGAGGAGGAGGAGGAGGAGGGGGGCGAGGCCCCGGCCGAUGCCGCCAGCAGAGACGGGGAAGUAGACGAGGACGACGAAGAGGACGAGGAGGAAGAUGAGGAGGAAGAUGACGAUGAGGAGUCUAGCGAUGAGGGGGACUACUGCCCGUGGGAUAAAGAGCUGCAGUCUGGCCUUUGGCUGGAGAAGCACCUCACAGACCAAGAGGAUGUUGGUACAUUUAAAGCCCGAAACCUGCAGAUCCAACAAAUCCUUCAGCCGGUGGAUCCGCAGGCCAUUCCAGGUCUGGUGAGAACUCACCUGGACUCGCCGGCCUCGGCCUCCCAACCCUCCCGACCCUCUGAGCUCACGCAGCCCCCCCGCACAGAGCCCUGUGAGGAUGAAGAUCUGGAAGCAGAAGCCGAGGGUCCAGACACGGAGCCGGGAACAGAGAUGGAUCAGGAUGACAUCCCUUCAGAUGCGGAAGCUGAGGCUCUUUUGCACCAGCCACAGCAAGUGCUUCCCGAGGAUGAAGGGAAAUCAGAAAGUCUUCAAAUGGCCUCCAGUAUUGAGCCAUCCAGGGACAGCCCCCUGCAGAAAGAAGAGUUUCCUCUUCCCUGGCUCAAAUCUCCGGAUCCUGAUUCACAGAUAACGGCGGUGACGUCCCCCGGCACGCGCUUCUUCCCAGAACCGUUCAUACCUGAGGAAAUGAAGCCUGAGAGGCGCACUCCUUCCCCUCCCUUAGCCGCCACGAGCCCGCUGUGCCCGCCCGCUGCUCCAGCCCAGGAUGCCCCCUGCGUCCCGUCUCCUCCCGCUGCCUCGCCGCCCCCAAGUCCUCUCACCAGAUCACCGAUCGGCCCUCCGGCCAGCGAGUCCCCCAUCUGCUCCCCGAUCCGCUCUCAGCCCGCCGCCGCGCCGGAGCCCCGCGCGCCUGCUGCAUCUCCCGUCUACCCCCACCGCUCCAUUUGCCCCCUCACGGGCAACCCCCUGUCCCCAAUCUGCGCUCAGCCGUUGCCUUGCCAGGAACCCUCGUCGCCCCUCGCCUCCGACUCCCCCGUCAGAACUCAGCCCGCCCCCGCCGUCACCUCCACCCCCUUGGCCAAGACGGACAGGCGCUCGCCCGAGCCGUCAAAGUCAAUGGAUUCCUCCGCAGAGGAGACGCCGUCUAAAAAGACGGAUAUCAUCGAGGAGUUUUGGAUGAAGAGUGCCGAGAUCCGGAAGAGCCUCGGCCUGACGCCGCUGGACCGCAGCAGUAAAAUCCUGGAGAAGAGCGUGCUUAUCGCUCCCGCAGAGAGCUCCGCGCCCGUUAAGGCCCCCGACGUGACGGAGGAACAGAAGCCCCCCUUCGCUGGCCGAGCCGUCAUCCGCAGACUCAACAUCACCCUCGAGGGUCAGGUCAUCACCCCCAUUGCUCCCGCGGAGCCCAAGAGCAACGGCUCGGACCGGAGGGACGCCAGCAGCAGCUCCGGCUUGGGCCUGAACGGGAGCAUGGCCACCAGCCACACGGCAAACAGCGAGGGCUUCAACACGUCGGACUCCGUCAUGCUCACCCCGCCCUCCAGCCCGCCACCCCCCGUGCCCGCUAACCAGUCUCCAGCCGUGUUCCGGCAGCAGAGGAACCAGGUGUCCUGGAGCAACGGAACAGGAAAGCCUCCGCCUGAGCCGGCGAAGGCCAAGAGCCCCGUUCCCGCACCGAGGACCCACCCGAGCCCCGCGUCUGCACCCGUGCCCGCGCCCAGGAAGGUGUCCUCGCCGCCGCCGGCGGCACCACAAGCGUCUCCGGUGGCGGUCGUGAUGAGGGAGAAGAAGAAGCAGCCCCGUCCGCAGGAGGCGAGGAAGUCCUUCGUGGAGACGGUGGAGGAGAUUCCGUUCGCUGACGACGUGGAGGAGUCCUACGACGAGAGGACGCCGGAAACCAGCAUGAGCCGGUACUACACUCCCCCCACCAGCAAGCCCAGCAGGGAAAGACCUCCGCUGCAUCUGGCCCUGGCGAUGGAAAACGGUAAACCCAAUUUCCCCGUCAACCAAGCGCUCAAGAACCAGCGGGCGACGCAGUUCUCCCCGGAGGCCAAGGAGAUCGCAGAGGAGAGGAUGAAGGCCCGAGAGAAGUCCGUGAAGAGCCAAGCUCUGAAAGACGCCAUGGCCAAGCAGCUGAAUAAAAUGAAAGAGUCCGACGCGGACAAGGGCGCCUCCCCCAAAGUGGCGUGGAGCGUGAGCGCGGACGUCGCGGCAAAAAGCAAAAAGUCGCCCGCAUCGCCAAAGUCCUCGGCCGUGAAAGCCCUGGAGUCGAAGAAGGCGGAGACUCUGCCCGAGCGCUUCUUCAACAGCAACAAGAGCCUGGACAGCUCGGCGGCCUCGUCGGACGGCUCCUCCUCCGCCAGCAAGAGCAAGAAGCGGAGUUCCCUCUUCUCGCCGCGCAAGAACAAGAAGGAGAAGAAAGCCAAGAACGACGGCGGCAGGCUCUCCGAGGCGGACGAGACUCCGCCCAAGCACAAGUCGCUGUGGAAGGCGGUCUUCUCAGGGUACAAGAAGGACAAAAAGAAGAAGAAGAAGGAGGAUAAAUCUUGUCCGAGCACGCCGUCCUCGAGCUCCACCACUCAGGACUCUGGGAAGAAGAAAGCGUCGCCUCUGGCGAGAUCAUCCGACCUGAAAUCACGCAGGAACUUGAGCUUCUCCGAGGAGUCGGACCUGUCCUGCGACGACGUUCUGGAGAGGUCCUCCCAGAAGUCAAAGGCAGACCAACACUUGGACAUCUUUGACCUUGUGUCAGGUCUGCAGAAGGAAGCGUUUAAGGAGGAGAAACUGCAGAAGGAGAGAAGGAGGGAGUUAAAGGAAAGAAAGCGGUUGAAAGAGAGUCAUAAUAAAAGAGAGCAGGAGAAAGAGGUUGACCGAGAAAAAGAGAAGGACAAUGAAGAGUCUGUAUAUGUCCCUCACGCACUGGCGUUCAAGAGAUCGUACGCCACAAAGAAAACCUACACCGAGGAAGAGCUAAAUGCCAAGCUGACACGGAGGGUCCAGAAAGCUGCACGACGGCAAGCCAAGCAGGAGGAACUCAAGAGGCUGCACCGAGCCCAGAUCAUCCAGAGACAGCUGGAGCAGGUGGAGGAGAAGCAGAGGCAGCUGGAGGAGAGGGGCGUAGCUGUGGAGAAAGCCUUGAGAGGGGAAGCAGGAUUGUAUAAAGGUACUUAUACAUUACCCAAACAGCACAAAAGAAGAUCAGACUAUUGGGGAGAUUCUAAUUACAGUGAAAUCCUGGACUUGCAUCUGGGCGGCAUGGGCAAGAAGGACGACCCCAAGCUGAUGCAAGAGUGGUUCAAGCUGGUGCAGGAGAAGAAUGCCCUGGUCCGCUAUGAGUCCGAACUCAUGAUAUUUGCCAGAGAGUUGGAGCUGGAGGACCGACAGAGCCGACUGCAGCAGGAGCUCAGGGAGCGGAUGGCCGUGGAAGACAACCUGAAAACGGAGAAGGAGCUCGGUCAGGAGAAGCAGAUCUUGAACGAGAUGCUGGAGGUGGUGGAGCAGCGGGACGCGCUGGUGGCCCUCCUGGAUGAGCAGAGGCUUCGGGAGAAGGAGGAGGACAAGGAUCUGGAGGGCGUCAUGCUCUCCAAAGGCUUCAACCUCAACUGGGUUUGAGAGGAGUGAAAUAAUUUCAUCCAGCUCAUCAGGUCCUGGGGGGGGGGCUUGUGAUAGAGGUUCUCUGAACACCUGCAGCAGUGAACGCGGGUCAUGGUUCCCCCUCACGCUCGCAUACAUGGACGCUGCGCUCCGCCUCUGGAACCGACGCAGUCCGCGAUGUUUACCCAAAGCGGUCCCAGUUAAUCACUUUGCUUUUCCUCCCUGGAGAGGCGAGCACGUUCACAGCUUUAUCGUCCCAGCCUUGAGGUGGAUCCUCUCCAACGCAGAGGGGCUUUUAAAGAGACUUGUUCCAUUCUCGGUUAUCUAAAAGGGAAGAAUGCAGUUCGGUCCUGCUGAUGUAAAGAAUUGUGUUUUUGUGUAUAGAACAAGUUGCAUUUUUCGGGCGUAUGAGGGUCCAUUAUUUUUCUGGGGGGGAAAAAGGGGACGGCUGCAGAGGUGUGUUUUUAACUGCUGGAGUGAUCUCAGAUUAUCGUUCUGACUGUGGGACAAACAUCCUCUGCUGAAGCUGCCUUUCUAUCCAGUGACAAACUGACUUCUGCAUCCUUACGAUACACAACACACAUUUACCCAUCGGGGAGUAAUAAAAUAUCAUCUUAUGAACCAUAAAUACACCACGAAAGGCUCAGUUCUUCCCCCUCACGGUUUUGUUUUCGCGAGUCAACACUAAAACUCCAUUUAACAUGGCCAUGGUUUUUCUAUGUAUUUAUUACCUCUGUUUGCUUUUAACAGAUAAUCAUUUUAGUUGUGUCUGCGUUCACAGGAGAGUGCCCUGAAUCCCCCCCCCCCGUGCAUGAUAAAGAAUCACCCGUAAGCCAUUGCAUGUCAGGAAUGAAGGCUGCAGGCACACAGAAUGACUUUACCGUGUCUUUUUACAUGGAGGACAUAUAAUGCUAUGCUGCUUACACAUUUCACGUGACUGGAUAAUGAUGAGUCUCUCCUUUGACAUGUUCACUGUUCACUCUAUAUCACACUGACCGCUGACGUUUACAACUAAUGGUCCAUCGCGGCGAUUGGACCUUUACGAUUCCUACAAUGGUAAACCGUAGCGGCGUAAAAACAAACCGUUCAAUGGAUUUACCUUUUUUGAAGGAACCGUGUCCCCGAGUUCAGAUUGUGUUUCCCCACCGUGUGCGUCAGCGUUGGAAUGUCGUGAAUAUAGCCGAUGUCACUGUUAAUGGGAGAUCAGCGUGGGUCACAUUACUCGUUUCGCGCCACAGGGCUUUCUCUGCUGGUUUUAUAUUCUGCAGUAUGUGACGAGUGCGCCACACACCACUUUUAUCAUCAAACAGCAGUGUUAAUACUUUAUCCUUGAACAAGUUGCCUUUUGGAUUUUCAUUCUUUAUAGUGAUGCUUUGUUUUAUUUUUCUGAAUUGACUUGCUUUUUGACGUAGUCACAUGUGUGUGUGUGUGUGUGUGUAUCCCACUGGAACUCGAGAUUUCUACUUGUCUUUUAUUUUUUUUCAAAUACUUUUGUACAGCGGGUCCCCAAACAGAUGGAUGAAUUUAAAUGGGGCCGCUGAAGAAAAGCAAAGUGCUUCACGAGCAACUGGCAGCAAGCAGGAACAUUACGGUUCACCUGAUGGUUAUUCAAAUCUAACCGCCUUUUUCACAAACGCAGGUGGUCACCGUUUUACAGCACAGAAACACGAGAGGCUAUAUUUAUGACUUGGUAUUACAUGUGAAUAAAACAAAGUGAUAUCAUUUCAAGGGUUGUUGCUUUAGAUGACGUGUGACAAGUUUGACUCGAUUGUAUUGAUAUUUAUUAACGUGUGCAAACUGUAUCAUAUGUAAAGAAGAUGAAUCCUAAUUUUUAAACUGUUCAGUUGAGUUAUGACUUGUAAUGUAAGUGCUUCAUGUAGCUAAAUGCAUAGGGGUGUUGGAUGUAUGCUGAAAAUGGCAAUAAAACAAUGCAGUUGUUCUUUUAAAAGG